AUGGUUGAGAAGCUUGGCUUAGAAGUGCUUAAACAUCCAAAACCAUAUGCGCUCCAAUGGCUUAACGAAAAAGGUGAGAUGUCCGUCAAGGAGCAAGUCAAAGUGCCGCUUUCAAUAGGUAAGUAUCAAGACGAGGUCAUGUGCGACAUACUUCCGAUGGACGCUAGCCACAUUCUUCUUAGACAUCCAUGGCAAUCAGACCGACAAGUUGUCCACAAUGGCUUCACCAAUCGACACACCUUCGAACAUAAUGGCCGAAAGACAACUCUCAUUCCAAUGACGCCGCAUGAGGUCUAUCUAGAUCAGCUAAGCAUGAAACAGUGGACCGCCAAACAAACCGAACCAAUCGAUACAAAGGGUAAGAGCAAGGUAAAUCACAAUAGUUUACUAUUUGUUUACAAAGAAACUCUUGCUUGUUCAACUAACCCCGAACUAGUGCUACCGAGUAAGAUUGAGUUGGUUUUGCAAGAGUACAAGGAUGUGUUUCCGGAAGACAAUCCCAUUGGUUUACCACCUAUCCGAGAGAUCGAGCAUCAAAUCGACUUUGUGUCGGGAGCCGCUUUACCAAACCGACCAGCUUAUCGCACCAACCCAACUGAAACAAAAGAACCUGAAAGACAAGUGAACGAGCUGAUGGACAAAGGACAUAUUUGA